GCCUCAGCUCUAGCUAGCUCUCUCUGUGGCUGGCAAUGCAAGGCUCUGGCUAGGCUGCUUGGUGAGGGCUGCUGGCAACUGAUGGUGGUCGGUGUGUGUAGUACACGGUGAUGAUGGUGAUUGUCGACAGAUGAAUGGAAUACCAUACACAACUGGAAAGCUUUCCUCACUCAGUUUUCAUUGUCUUUCCUUAUUAAAACAAAACGACAGUUGUUGUUGAAAUUGCACCUAUACUCGAAGACGGCCAUGCUAUUGCCAAUCCACCAGGUCAGUGUGUAUGUGAUGUGUGGUGGCCCGAUCGGCCAACAACCCCCUCUGGAUUCUGAACAGCAUGUCCCAUCAAGGAUCUGGCAGUGAGCACGAAGACAUUGAUCUGAGUAAGACAGGGUACCAUGCAGGAUUCCCAAGACAAGGUGUGCCACCACAGUAUCAAGCAACAGACAUAGUGCAUCCAGCUACCUCAGAAACACCACAUCAUCCUUCAAGACCUCCAAACUUCCUCCAACCAUGGAGACUCGAGCACCGUUCGGGCCAAGUCGUCUUGGAGAGAACCUACACUGCCACACCUGAGAGGAACCGGGAUCCUUCAAUGGGAAAUAAGAGUGCCUCAAGUGUUAAUUCAGACAAGGGAUCAGCCCCAGUGGGGAACACCCAUGCUGCAAAGGAUAAGGAUGAGAGGACGAUAGUGGAUACUAAAAGGGGAUUGACGGAAGUAGCUAGAGGUAGUCAUGAUGGAGCAGAGAGUAGAGUGGCCAACGUUAGCCACCCUGUUGUCCUACCACACAGCAGCGACUGGCUUAGACAUAAUGUAAGCCACACUCAGACACAGCCACCUACAUCCGUAGCUGUGCCUCUAGUCACGCCAGCUGCUCUAGCCGACAUGGGUCAUCUGUAUAAACUACCCACCUCAGCAACACCAAGCCAACCUAAGAUUUAUUCCUCUGGGAUUUUUAAUCCAUUGUAUACGUUGACCUCGACAACAGCACUUCAGUAUUCAUCAUACGUCAGCCCGUCUACCGUCACGUACAGCCCGUAUAUUAGCGGAUACCCUGUUACCUACCCUGUGGUUGCGCAGGGCAGUGUUGGAUCCGGCCCCUACACAACUGUGGAAUCAUAUUCAGCUAUGUUGGCUAGUAUGGGAAGUCAAGUCCAACAGGCACAAGGUGCCCAAGUACCAAUAUCAACUUACUUACCCUCGGGGGUUAUACCUCUACCCUAUGGUUCGCAACUAACACAUGGUAUUACCAAUUUAAGUUUGUUACCAAAAAGCAGUGGGCAGGACUCGGUACCUACUGUAGGAUACCUUAAUCAACAGCAGCUACAGACAGCCCCUGGUGUUCUUCCAAGCGGACAAGUGUUUACGGGGAUAGUACCUAUAGGUGGUAGUUUACUUACCUUACCUCCUAGAUCGGAGGCAGAGUCCAACAGGCCUGAACCAUCCCAGGAGAAAGAACAGGAACACAAUCAAAGUGCCAAUUUACGGAUAGUAAAACGUGAAGAAGAUGAACGAAAUAUGCAGCGAGAACCAGAAGCCUUACCAUUCCUCAGGCAGACUUAUUCAAUACAACCUGACAACCCUCAAAAUAGAAGUACACCGAAAGCUGCACCUGUAGUGAGUGCCCCUACAGUGGAUUACAAAGACAGGCAUGCGUAUCAUGAAACGAGCACACGUCACGAGUCCAUCAUAAUGACUGUCACAAUACCAAGUGAUAAAUCACGGCAAACUGGAGCCAAAGAUACAAAUCCUGUCUACGCUUCAGGAGAGCACCAACAGUGGAGUGGUGCGAGCUACAACCAACCAACUGACGAUCAGGACGCCGUUUCUUACCACCAAUCUGCCCCGUCAUCAUCAGUCCAGCAUUCUCCACAGGUCCGGUUCCAACUGAGCCCUUCCCCGCACGCCAGGCCCUCUUCGACUGUCUCCCACAUCCCCUCAUCGGAUAGCCAGGAUGUCGAGUUAGUACCAAUGCCCUCUGACCCCAGGACUUAUUCAGUGGCAGUAUCCGCUGACCAUCGCCCUGCACAGACCCAAGAGGUCAUGGUUCAUACUUCUGCGUUAGAACCAGAUAGAACCCCAAUGCAUAACCUCAUGGCAGCGCCACAGAUUUCGGCUCCUUCCUUCUCCAACAUACCAUCGUACUUCACCCGUGGAUCUGUUAUUCAGCUUGCCAGCGGGGAGUUGAAGCGAGUUGAAGACAUGAGAACUGAGGACUUUGUUCACAGCGCUGACAUGUGUGGCGGACUUAAAAUUGACUCCAGUACUGUGGUACGAAUCAAUGAACAUGUGGAUAAUGGUGUAGCACUUAUAAGCUUCUUGGUUGGUGAACACAAGGCACAGGUAUCCUUAGAAGCUCCAAUGGAACAUCCGUUCUUUGUUUUCGGUCAAGGCUGGUCAGCGGUGAAACCAGGACGCUCCCUCAAGAGUUAUAACCUCGGCUGCCAUAAACUGGCCGUCGGUGACGUGUGUGUAUCGUUAACGGUUAAGGACAAGCAUGGUAGAUGGCCCCCUCAAACGCAGCAGCUAGAGGAGCCGUUGGUUCAGCAUCAACCUCCACCUCAGCAAAAGCAGUCUCAAAAACAAUCGCCACAACAAAUUCCAGUGCAAGCCGUUUUUUCGGGUAGCUCAAAAGAAAUACAUGUAUCACCCUCUUGGCCCUUGGAGCCUAAACGUCCUCGACUUGAACCAGUCCAGGAGGAUAGUAGUGACUGGCGAGGCGGCACGGACCCCAGACCGGACAUGACAUGGCAGCAUGAAUCCCCUCGGCAGCAUGAGUCUCUUCGACAGCGUGAGUCCCCUCAACACCGCAGCCAUCCUGAGCCCCCUCCAUCCUCGUAUACAUUUGCGGUUCCUCCGCCUGUGAGCAGAAGUUUCAUGCCAGCAGAACAGAACCCUGCUAAGUUCAUGCAGGGAACUGAUAGCAAUGCAAAUACUGUCUUGAUACGGACUACAGACACCUUGGCCGGGGGGAAAGGGGACAGGCCAACCCCACGGUCAGACAAGCCUCUACAGCCGCUCAAACGACGAUGGUCUGACCCGAUGCAUAUGGCACAGUUGGCUGCAGAUCAAGAACGACACGCUAACACUACUAAAGCCACUGAUCCUCAUUAAUGGUAUGAAAUGUUUUAAGGUUGCUUUGCAGCUUUUCAGUCUCAUGCAGCUUGCUUUGUGUAUAUUAGGUUAAUAUUAAAAUGUUGUUUUUAUAGAUCUUAUCCCAGUUUCGUAGAUUUGCUUACAGUUCACAAAAGUAUACAUUUUAAAGUAUCGGCCUAGUUGUUGGAUUCUUUGACAGCAGAAAUUAUGUGACCAUUUAGCAGCAUUCUUCCUUAAAGGGUUCGGGUACUUUUUCAAAAUGUCCACAGAUUUACAUUAAACUUACAGGGUUU